AUGUUACAGGAGUUUUUUGAUGGGAAGGAGCUAUGCAAGAACAUCAACCCUGAUGAAGCUGUAGCUUAUGGGGCGGCAGUUAUGGCUGCGAAGUUAUGUGGUCACACUACUACGAAGAUGGUAAAGGAGUUGAUGCUAUUGGAUGUCACUCCCCUGUCACUUGGUACAGAGCUGAGAGGGGAAAGAAUGUGCGUUGUGAUCCCAAGGAACACUCCUAUACCUACCAAGAUGACCAAGAAUAUUGUUACUGUCAAAGACAACCAACCACGUUUAGAUAUCGAAGUGUACCAAGGUAAACGAACUAGAUCUACUGAUAACUUCUUUUUGGGAUCUUUUACAAUUUCAGGGAUUCCACCUGCUCCCAAGCGAUCAUAUCUAUCAGUAGUUGAGCAUUGCUUUGAAAUAGAUGCUGAUGGUAUCCUCACAGUUACGGCUAAGAUAGUAUCCACUGGUAAGACCAAAAGCCUUACUGUUACCAAUCUGAGUGGAAGAUUGUCAAAGUAUGAGAUAGAGAAAAUGGUGAAAGAUGCUGAGAAGUUCAAGCUUGAGGACCAAGAGUUUAAGAGGAAAGCUGAAGCAUACAAUGCCUAG